AUGGCAAUGCAGAUGGCACAAUACCAAGCAAGGAUGGAGAUUGAGGAUGCAGAAUUGUUCAAUGCUGAAGUUGAACUAUUCAACUCGUUUAUGCAAUCUGAGCACAAUGGCGAAUCUAGCCAUCGUGGUUCUGUCACGGGGUGUUCAUAUGUGCAGCGUGAUAGAGAAGAGUGUCAUGAUCGAAUGAUGAAAGAUUAUUUCAUCGAGCGUCCGAGAUUUCCUGCUCAUGAUUUUCGGAGGCGGUUUCGGAUGAGGAGAGAGCUUUUUGAAAGCAUCUUGAAUGCAGUUGUCAAUCAUGACCACUACUUUGAACGGAGGGUAGAUGCCACAGGCCGACAAGGUCUAUCACCUCAUCAGAAGCUCACAUCUGCUUUUCGCAUGCUAGCUAAUGGAUGCUCUGCAGACUCAACUGACGAGUAUUGCCGCCUUGCAGAAAGUACUGCUAUUGAGAACCUGAAGCGUUUCUAUAAGGCAAUUGAAGGCAUAUAUGGAGCCACAUACCUCCGCAACCCAAAUCGUGCAGACUUGAAGAGGCUUCUACGCAAGGGCCGUCAUGACAAGCCAACCAUCGUGCUCGAGGCUGUGGCGUCUUACGACACAUGGAUUUGGCAUGCUGUCUUCGGCGAUCUUGGAUCAAACAACGAUAUCAACGUUCUUUGGUCUUCUCCUUUAUUCGAUAAUGUUGUCAAUGGAUGGGCACCAGAAUUUCGGUACAAGUGCAAAGAAGAAAUUAUAUUCGCAGAGGCAAGAGUCUUACAGGAAGGAUGUGGAGAUAGCGUUUGGGAUUCAACAAGCUCGAUGGGCCAUUGUUAG